GAUCGCUCGCUCGGCGGGUGCAGGACGCGGCAGGACGAGAGGCCGUGGGUCCCCUGGGCCCUGGCUGAUCGCUAUGCGUGCAGCAAAGACAGGGCGGGUCUUCUGCCUUCUCCACGACAACCGCGUUCAUACACUACUACAAAUCCCUGCUACCAAAAGCCUCCUUCCAUCUCUCCCCUCCUGUCGGCAUAAAUAGACCCUCGCCGGCCUCGCCUCUUCUCGUUCUCCCGCCCCGCGCCGGGCCCCUAGCUCGAUCCGGACUCUCUGCUGCCGCCAUGGCGUCGCUGCCGCCGCCGCCGCCGUCUCCGAGCGCCGCCGCCGUGUGCUGCAUGUGCGGCGACCAGGGCCUCCCCGGCGAGCUGUUCCGCUGCCGGCGCUGCCGCACCCGGCUGCAGCACCGGUACUGCAGCGACCUGUACCCGAGGGCGGCCGCGUACCGGCGGUGCAACUGGUGCCUGCGGGAGCCGCCGCUGCCCGACCACGGCGGGCGGCCGGGCGGCCACGCCGCCGCGGCGGUGGCUAAUAGCAGUAGUAGUCCCAAGGAGAAGCGGAAGACGGCGCCGGCGCCCGAUGAGGAGCGGCAGCAGCGCCACGAGGGGUGCUCGUCGAGGAGGCCGCCCGCGGAGCCCGGCCGCCCGGUGAAGAAGAAACACAAGACCGAGCAGAGGAUGCCUCCGCCUCCGCCGCAGCCGGAGGAAAUUAUUGUUACCGAUGCCAGCGGCAGCAAGGAGGUGAUGCGGGCGGGGAAGACUCGGGUCAACCGGGUGAGGGUGCGGCGGUACAAGCUCCUGGCCGAGGUCAUCAGCUGCUAGCUAGCUAGCUACAUGAUGUAGCCAAGACACCAUGGCAGCACGGACCGAUCAAUGGAUCGAUGAAAAUGCCAGACCCAAUGUACAUAGACAAGUAGGCCAUGUUUAGUUUGUGAAAAGUUCGCGAAAAAUUACUGUAGCACGUUUCGUUGUUAUUUGACAAA